CAGGAUCCGUCACAAAGUAGGUUAACGACGCUAAAGCUAGCAGAAAGUUAUUCCGGGAUAACUUUCUCUGGCCUUUGAACAUUCAUACGGAGGCGUAGAUUGUGUUUGCGUGGCUCGUUUCAGGCGAUGGGACUGAAUGGAAGAGGAGAGUCACUGUAAAUCCACUGUAAAAGAAGCCUGCCAUGUCCGGUCCCACCUGGCUUCCACCAAGGACUCUGGAUAGCCCAGAGCGAUCCGUCCCCCAGAUGUCCCACUCUGCCGGGUCAGCGAUCUACAGAGCCCCCAUCAAGAAGGGGAUGUCUGACUACCGGCCAAAGUACGGCGCUUAUGACCAGAACGGAGGAGGAGGAGGAGGAGGGAUGGCUAACAGAUACAUGGCUACUGGACCCACAGGUGGACCAAUUCAUCACUCCUCUAAUGAUCACUACUAUACUCCUCCCCACGCUCUCAAAGAAGAACGCAACUGGAGCCCUCACAUGGAAAGCUACGAGCUGAUGCAGCGAGGCCCUGAAAAGCCAGCGAACUAUCACUCCAAAAUUGACGCAGAUAUUGACUCCCUCACCAGCAUGUUGGCUGAUCUGGACAGUCACCCACAGGACUCCAGUACACAACUGUACGACAAUGUGCCUUACAACAAGUACCUCUCAGGGGAUCACUACAAACCUGCACCCCCUCCUCAGGCCCGGCCCUCCAUGGGUUACCCCUCACAUCCCCAGAGCCAAUACCACGCAUCACCCCCCUACCCCAACGAGCACCAACCUGCUCAGUACUCCACCUCCCACCAGCAGGACUACUACUCCUCCUCUUCGACCCCAAAGCCCUACCCUCAGCCUGUCCCGGCCUCCUACACCACUGCCUCCACCCCAACCGGGCCCAGGUUCAGCGUGCAGGUCAAGACAGCACAGCCUGUUACCUACUCCCAAACAGGGAGACAGGCGGAACAGGCCUACACCCCGCCCCCUCCUCGCCAGCAGGUGUCACGCCCCCCUGCUCAGACUCAGACAAGUCAGCAGGGCUGGUAUCCUCCUCAUCCUGGGUCUCAGGCUCAGGAGAUGCACAAUGAAGGAGGGUAUAAGGGGAGCGGCCCGGGAGGAAGAGUUAACCAGGUUCCACUGUCCAAAAGGGGCAUGGAAAAUAACCACACGGGGCCAGGGACUGCUCAGAGUCCUGCUUAUCAGUCCAACAAGCAGGGCUCAUCAACAGCCAGACCCGAGGAAGAGCUGGAGCGACUCACCAAAAAGCUGGUAUAUGAUAUGAACCACCCCCCUGCAGAAGACUAUUUUGGUCGCUGUGCCCGCUGUGGUGACAACGUGGUCGGUGACGGCAGUGGCUGUAUCGCCAUGGAGCAGGUGUUCCAUGUUGAGUGUUUCACGUGCAUUACUUGCCAUGCCCGUCUCAGAGGGCAACCGUUCUACGCCCUCGACAAGAAGAGUUACUGUGAGAGCUGUUAUAUUAGUACAUUAGAGCGCUGCUCAAAGUGCUCCAAGCCCAUCCUGGACCGGAUCCUGCGGGCAAUGGGGAAGGCCUACCACCCUCGCUGUUUCACAUGUGUGGUCUGUAACUGCUGCCUGGACGGGGUGCCCUUCACUGUGGAUGCAACCUCUCAGAUACACUGCAUCGACGACUUUCACAGAAAAUAUGCACCUCGUUGUUCAGUGUGUGGGGAACCCAUCAUGCCUGAACAGGGUCAGGAGGAGACGGUGAGGAUUGUAGCUCUGGACCGCAGCUUCCAUGUUAACUGUUAUGUCUGUGAGGAAUGUGGUCUCCUGCUGUCCUCUGAAGGAGAAGGUCGAGGCUGUUACCCACUCGAUGGCCACAUCCUGUGCAAGAGCUGCAGCGCUCGCCGCAUCCAGGACCUCUCUGCCAAAAUCUCCACUGACUGCUAACAAACUUUUUCAACGUUACACCCCUCCCACCCUCUCAAAUGCACAAACACUCCACAUACAGAAGACUGUGUUACACUCCCUCUGUCCUUGGUUGCACUGGUAAUGAGGCAGCGUAGUUUUUACUACAGCUCCCUCUGGUGGUGUCCAAGUGAAGCUUCAUCUGAAAAAAACCUAAAUGAGAAAUAGAGCACAGGUGAAGCCAGUUUCGUCUCUGUAAGAAGUCCUGCAACAUUUUCAUCCUUUUUUCGGUACACAGCAGCUCUGUUCAUUACGUUUAGUUCAGCAUUAGUACGACAGUGGCCUGACCUGCAGGCAGCUUGGGCUCCAAUCACCAUUUAUCCACACUGGUACUGCUCUAUGGUUAGUUUGCACAGUUAUCACUGUUAAAGACUUUCAAAGUAUGGAAGGAUAUCACAAAUUUAGACUUGGAAAUGAGGGAUUUUUUUCACAGAUAAGAGGCACAAAUGCUAGCUAGGAAGUUUACUUGUAGAAACAAUCUGGAUCUGUACAUUUUAAAAACACAAGUCUAGAAACGAGCAUAACAAAUGCACAUAAUGAAUAACUGUGACUGUACAUAACAGACUGGUUUAGUUUGGCAAUGACAUUGUUCCCAACUGGAGAGCAUGUAGCGUAUAGUGCAGUGAAGUAGCCUCAUAGCGCGAGAAAUGUAGACGAAAGGAAUGUGUAGUUACCUAAAACUCUGUUGCUUUUUCUUUAGCUUUAAUUACACACUAGUGCAAAAUCAGCUUAAACAAUCUCAUACGUUACAACAUAAAGGACAUAUUUUUGUAUCUUAAAGAAUAACAUUCUUGAAUGUCUACUCUUGCUUUGGUUUGUUCAACAUUUGGUUGAUACUUGACUGUUACAUUGAAGUCAGUGGUGCAAUGAAGUCAAAACACUUUUCUGUCUAAAGGAAAUCAGGGUGUUUGUCACUGAUGUGGCUUUUAAACAUCCUAUCAUGUGAAGCUUGAGCCUCAUGAAGAGUUUAAAUGUGCCAUUUGAAGAGCAUCGACAUUGAGUUAUGCGAAAUAUUGGCUGUUAAUGUACUUUUUACUUGCAGUUUACUCCAAAAAUAAAACGGGGAUUUAACAUGAUAUCUUUUGUACCCAAAAAGUAGAGGUUUUGAACUACAACUAUUCAGAUUAGAUUUUUGCUCUUUCUUGCACACGUGGGCCAAGCCGUCAACUUUGGAACUACAGUAUUUGUUAUGAUUGUGUAUAAGCGCUUGUUCCUCCGUCCGUUUACUUUUCCUUUUUUAUAAAUGUACCUGAAAGGGCUAGAAAUUUAAAAGCCUUACCUCAAGGAUGUCAUUCAUUUUCCCAAUAACCCUUUUUAAAACCUGUUUUCUGUGAAUUCUGCUUUUCUGUGUGAUCACGCUUAACCAUUUCCAUCUGUUAAUUUAUCUCAUUUUGUGUAAAUAUAUUCUGUAUUUGCAUUAAUCUGUUUUUUGUCAUCACAGUUAUUUCAUUUACAGUCACACGUUUCUUUUACAAUCCUCACCCAUGCCAACUUUUGUGUCAUACUCCGUUGAAUCAUACCAUUUUCUUCCCGGUUAUGAUUUGUCAUAAAUGAAUAAUGAAUCGUUGUCAUUCUUGCUGUGUGUUCAUUUUGAAAUGCUGUGAAUUGAAGCUUGUAGAUCAGACUGUGGUACUGCAGCAGACAUGGUCCCUGAUGAAUUCACAAGAAAAAAUUAUGAAGUAGUACGUUACAUUGAGAGAGCAAAUACAUGAACGGAUUUUGUCCUAAUGCAGGUUGUAGUGACAGAAAUUCCUAAUAAAACAUCGACAAGUCAA